GCUCGUCGCUAGUUACUACAAUCACAAAGUCAAAAACACCGUCUAUUUCUACAAUAUACCUUCUUAAAAUAUGUUUUAAACCUAGCCACACUGCUAACCGUAUGCCUAUCCUAACCUUGAAUUAAGACCAAAAAACACAUUUAUGUUGUCAUGAAUCUUUACGAUAUAGCCCAUUUUUGACUUUGUGACUGUGCUGUCUAUUGGAAACCUCCUCAAUGUCACACAUGUUGUUGUGUAACGCUGGUUGACUUGUUGGUUUCUAGUAGCUAAAUCAUAUUAGCUAAUCAUGUAUAAGUUAAACUGUAUAUUAUCUAAGUCUGUCAGGAGUGCCUGCCAACAGGUUGCUGGUUCCUUCAAUGCAGGAGGCUCAAUUUGUGGAACCAGCGGUCUGCAGAGAGCAGUGUCCUCCAGUGCUGUCACGUUGCAAGAGGAUGUCAGUGUCUCAGCCACACCUGGGAAAAUACCCAAAGACUUCAGUCACCUCCCCCCGAUGCCUGGCCAGGACAGUGUGCUGAGAUGGGCUGGGAAGAAGUACGAGGAGUUGCCAAUAGCACAUAUCAAAGCCACAUAUAACAAUACACAUGUCCAGAAGGCCACAGCGGUGGGGGUGACGUUUGUUCGCGUGUUGGUGAAAGGUCUGGGUCCUGGACGCUUGUCUGCCAUCAAGGGUCUGACCAUGGGAGGAUUGGAGGUUGUGUCCAUCACAGACAACACCCCCGUACCACACAAUGGUUGUCGCCCUCGCAAGGCUAGAAGAAUAUGAACAGGACCGUACCAUCAUGGACUGCAGGGGUCCAGCAAUCUGUCUUGUAACAUGGUUAAUGUUGUUGUUGUAUGAAGACAAUUUUUUUACUGUUAAUACUUGUACAUGCAGAAAUGUUUAAAACAUUCAGGGCCUGUUUCCCAGACACAGAUUCAUCCCUGGACUGAAAAACAAGUUCAAUGUUCAAUCUGCAGUCCAGGACUUAAUCUGGGGAACUGGCCCUGAAUGAAUGUACCAACACAGCUAGUAACAGAUAGAAAAUGAUUCAUCGAUGUUUAUUAAAUCCAUAUACACCCAAAC